GCCGGGGCCGGGCCGAGCCCCGCCGCGCCCGGGAUUGGCUGCGCGGUCGCCUCGUCCCAGAAUGCAGCGCAUGGCGCGUCAUUGAAGAGAGACCAUGAUGGCGGCGGCCGCGGCGGCGGGGGGGGCCCCCGAGGUGAUCGCCCAGCUGGAGAACGCGGCCAAAGUGCUGAUGGCACCACCUUCCAUGGUCAAUAAUGAACAACGCCAACAUGCUGAGCACAUAUUCUUGUCAUUUAGAAAAUCAAAAUCACCUUUUGCUGUUUGCAAACACAUUUUGGAAACUAGUAAAGUGGACUAUGUCCUUUUUCAAGCUGCUACGGCAAUAAUGGAAGCAGUUGUAAGAGAAUGGAUUCUCUUGGAAAAAACUAGCAUUGAGUCAUUGCGAACAUUCCUUCUAACCUAUGUCUUACAAAGGCCUAACCUUCAAAAGUACGUUCGGGAGCAGAUUCUGUUAGCAGUAGCGGUGAUAGUGAAGCGGGGAUCAUUAGACAAAUCAAUUGACUGCAAAAGCAUCUUUCAUGAAGUCAGCCAGUUGAUCAGCAGUGGUAACCCCACUGUGCAAACUUUGGCCUGUUCCAUUUUAACGGCGUUGUUGAGCGAGUUCUCAAGUUCAAGUAAAACCAGCAACAUUGGACUAAGCAUGGAGUUCCAUGGUAACUGUAAACGUAUAUUUCAGGAGGACGAUCUGCGGCAGAUCUUCAUGCUCACAGUAGAGGUACUUCAGGAAUUCAGCAGACGUGAAAACCUCAAUGCUCAGAUGUCUUCAGUGUUUCAGCGUUAUCUUGCACUAGCCAAUCAGGUCUUAAGCUGGAACUUUCUUCCUCCAAAUUUGGGCAGACAUUAUAUAGCUAUGUUUGAAUCCUCACAAAAUGUGAUGCUAAAGCCAACAGAAUCCUGGCGUGAGACCCUCCUGGACAGCAGAGUUAUGGAGCUUUUCUUUACAGUACAUCGAAAAAUCAGAGAAGAUACAGAUAUGGCCCAAGAUUCAUUGCAGUGUCUGGCACAGCUGGCGUCUUUGCACGGGCCAGUCUUUCCCGAUGAAGGUUCACAAGUUGAUUACCUGGCACACUUCAUUGAGGGAUUACUGAAUACUAUCAAUGGCAUUGAAAUAGAAGACUCUGAAGCAGUGGGAAUUUCCAGUAUUAUCAGCAACCUGAUAACCGUGUUUCCUCGCAAUAUUUUAACUGCCAUUCCAAAUGAACUGUUCUCUUCAUUUGUUAACUGCCUCGCACACCUCACUUGUUCUUUUGGAAGAAGUGCUGCCUUGGAAGAAGUGCUUGACAAAGAUGACAUGGUAUAUAUGGAAGCAUAUGAUAAGUUGCUGGAAUCUUGGCUUACUUUGGUACAAGAUGAUAAACAUUUCCAUAAAGGUUUCUUUACCCAACAUGCUGUUCAGGUCUUUAAUUCUUACAUUCAGUGCCAUCUAGCCGCUCCUGAUGGUACAAGGAAUUUGACUGCCAAUGGUGUGGCCUCUCGGGAAGAAGAAGAAAUAAGUGAACUGCAGGAAGAUGACAGAGACCAGUUCUGUGACCAGCUGGCUAGCGUAGGCAUGCUGGGGAGAAUUGCUGCGGAACACUGUAUACCUCUUCUUACAAGUUUAUUAGAAGACCGAGUGACAAGGCUUCAUGGUCAGUUGCAAAGACAUCAGCAGCAGUUACUUGCCUCACCAGCAUCAGGCUCAAUUGACAAUAAAGUGCUUGAUGACCUAUAUGAGGAUAUUCAUUGGCUUAUUUUAGUCACAGGCUACCUCUUGGCUAAUGAUACUCAGGGAGAGACUCCGUUAAUACCUCCAGAAGUAAUGGAAUAUUCCAUUCAACAUUCAACUGAGGUUGACAUCAAUACAACACUUCAGAUUCUGGGAUCUCCAGGAGAAAAGGCCUCUUCUAUCCCAGGGUACAACAGAACUGAUUCUGUAAUUAGGUUAUUAUCUGCUAUUUUAAGAGUGUCAGAAGUAGAAUCUAGAGCAAUAAGGGCAGAUCUCACGCACCUCCUGAGCCCUCAAAUGGGCAAAGAUAUUGUAUGGUUCCUCAAGCGCUGGGCAAAGACUUACCUUCUAGUAGACGAAAAGCUGUAUGACCAGAUAAGUCUGCCAUUUAGUACAGCAUUUGGUGCUGAUACAGAGGGUUCCCAGUGGAUUGUGGGUUACCUUUUAGAAAAAGUGAUCAGUAACCUGGCAGUGUGGAGUUCAGAGCAGGACCUUGCAAAUGAUACUGUACAACUGCUAGUAACAUUAGUGGAAAGGAGAGAGCGGGCAAACUUAGUUAUUCAGUGUGAAAACUGGUGGAAUUUAGCUAAACAAUUUGCAAGGCGAAGCCCUCCUCUUCACUAUUUGUCCAGUUCUGUGCAGAGAACACUAAUGAAAGCUUUAGUUUUAGGAGGUUUUGCUCAUAUGGAUACAGAGACAAAGCAACAAUACUGGACAGAGGUGCUUCAGCCACUUCAGCAGCGAUUCUUGAAUGUGAUAAACCAAGAAAACUUUCAGCAGAUCUGUCAGGAGGAGGAAGUGAAACAGGAAAUCACUGCUACAUUAGAAGCACUCUGUGGCAUCGCUGAGGCUACCCAGAUUGAUAACGUAGCAAUUCUCUUCAAUUUCCUAAUGGACUUCCUUAACAAUUGCAUUGGAUUAAUGGAAGUAUACAAAAACACACCAGAGACUGUUAAUCUCAUUAUAGAAGUCUUUGUUGAAGUUGCACAUAAACAGAUUUGCUACCUUGGAGAGGCCAAAGCCAUGAACUUGUACGAGGCCUGCCUCACUCUGCUCCAGGUGUAUUCCAAGAAUAAUCUAGGUCGACAACGGAUAGAUGUUACAGCAGAAGAAGACCAGUACCAGGAUCUCCUCCUCAUUAUGGAGCUUCUCACUAAUCUUUUAUCAAAAGAAUUCAUAGAUUUCAGUGAUACAGAUGAAGUAUUUAGGGGACAUGAGCCUGGGCAAGCUACAAAUAGAUCUGUAUCAGCAGCAGAUGUUGUCUUAUAUGGUGUUAAUCUAGUUCUGCCUCUAAUGUCCCAGGAUCUGCUGAAGUUUCCAUCCCUGUGUAAUCAAUAUUACAAAUUAAUCACUUUCAUUUGUGAGAUAUUCCCUGAGAAAAUUCCACAACUUCCAGAAGACCUUUUUAAGAGCCUAAUGUACUCACUGGAGUUAGGCAUGUCAUCAAUGAGUUCCGAGGUUUGCCAGCUCUGUCUGGAGGCAGUAACACCAUUAGCAGAGCAAUGUGCAAAAGCACAAGAAACAGAUUCAACCCUUUUUCUAGCAACAAGGCACUUUCUUAAGAUGGUCUUUGACAUGUUGGUACUUCAGAAGCACAACACAGAAAUGACAACUGCAGCAGGUGAAGCAUUCUACACGUUAGUGUGUUUGCAUCAGGCUGAAUAUUCAGAGCUAGUUGAAACAUUGCUAUCAACUCAACAAGAUCCCGUAAUUUACCAGCGGUUAGCAGAUGCCUUCAACAAGCUUACUGCAAGCAGCACUCCUCCUACACUGGACCGUAAGCAGAAGAUGGCCUUCUUAAAGAGUUUAGAAGAAUUUAUGGCGAACGUUGGUGGACUUCUCUGUGUAAAAUAAACAACAAAACUCUAUGCCUAACUUAGACCCUUUCUGCAAAAUGCACUGAGAAAUGCUGAAUGCUGACUAAAUCUUGUACCUGUCUCUGGGUUCUUUGCAGCCAUCUCAGAUUUUAGAGAGCCUGGAAGUGUGAACAUAACACAAUGGAGUAGGAGAGGUCAACUUUGAAUCAGCUUCUGCUAUUAUGUGUUAGCUGCAAUCUGUCAUACCUGUGUGUGGGAGAGAAUGGACAGAAAACUUUAAUUUUAAUUUUUUUCCAUAUAUGUGCAAACAGAUAUGGGCACAAUGAAAAAUAAAUGCAGUGCCUUUCCCCCUGCACUGGUUUAAAAUUUGAGUGGCUAGACAAAUACACAGAUUUCUUUUCUACACAAAAUCAUGUUAGUGUGAUGCAGAUGCAUAUAAAGCUCUAAACAGUUUAGCUGAUUUUAAGCUUUGUUUUUCCUCUCUUAAAGUUUGUGUUCUGAUGGGAAAGAAAAACCAAAUGGUAUUUUAACUUGUGUUUAACUCUGUUUUUUCUACAUCGACAUGACAUUGCAUGUUUAAUGCAAUGAAGGUUUUUAUGUUAUGUUCUGCUGCCUAAAGUCUGGGGGGGAAAAAGGUGUAUAUUUUUGUUCCCCUAAAAUGAACUUUAGGAACUGUAGCCAUUUCAUCGCCUUAAUUUAAAAGGAAAAAAAAAAAAGCUCGUAUAGUUUAGAUAAGAAAUACAAGGCAAGAUUUGACUCUUCAGAGUUGGUUUAGGGUGUUGACAUUAAGCUGCUUUUUACCUGUUGCGGCCCUUCAUGUUGUGUCAUUUUGGAAUGGGUGUCCAAUACAAGGUUCAUGUGUAGUUUUACUUUCAGUAUCUGUUUGGAUUCAUACCCAGGUUGCACACAACUGCAAUGUAUUUCUACACUGAACUGUUUGCUUAAGCAAUAACAACUCAAAAGGUGUAAAUUAUUGGCAAACUUUUUAAAGUUGGGGCAUUAGCUAAAACAGUUACGCUGGAACAGGAACAUCAAACCCUUUUACUCAAGGGCCUUAUUUGUUUGGCUCGAGUUGGAAAAGGUAAUGAGGAUAUGUAGUGCUGUGGGGGACUUUUGGUUUUGUUGGAUCGAGCUCCACUUCUGCAGAGUCCUCCCAGCUGCUCUGUUUUUUAUAUCAGCACUUUAGCUAUUAUGACAGCAGAAUAUAGUGCCCUGAGUAAAGUGGACUGAGAGCAGCACAGGAACAUAAAAGCAAGGCCUGGUCUGUCUGCAGUCACAAGCCAGAGGGAACCGAAGCAAACACAAAUGCUGCAUGUCCAGUAAAACUGAUUUUUAUGGAAAUACGUGGAAACAAAAGUGAGCCCUUUUAUUUAAGAUCUCUGCUAGAUCAUGUUGUCAAAUGUCUCCCAUGUGUUUUUAAAUUUUGUGUAAAAUGUAUACACCUUUACAUGGCUACCUUUGCAAUUCUGUGCCAUUCUGCAGCUGUUCAUCUCAAAAUUAGACACAAUAGCCAGAAUUUUUAAAGGACGUAAAUCUGUAAUACUGUGCUAUAAGGGAUUCAAGUUUUUUAGCUUUUUUUUAGUUAAAUCCAUACCUGCUCAAGCAUAGAUCCACAAGGCCAAAAAUGCCAUCUCUUCAUUAUAGUUUUCUUUUUUUUUAAUUUGUGUGAAAUUUGGGCUAGGGCAGAUUGACACAUUAAAAAGUGACUGUAAAACUUGAUAAUGUCCCUUCCCAGCUGGUAUUUUAUUUCUAAGAUAGUUUGUGUAGUAUUUUAGAUCAGGGCUAUUGCUCUCUUUUUUUUUUUCUUUAAACUAAUACUUUCUUUAAAAGACUUCUUGACUGUGCACUUGCGCAAAGGAUAAUGAUCCUGGCAAGUCCUUCCAUUUUUAACUGAUCUGAUGGCUGUUUUUUCUGUUAUUUUAAAUUUGGCCGGGGUUUUGCUGGUUUUGAAAUUGCUUCUGGAGCUUCUCCAAGUUUGUACAUUGGCUGGGGCAGCAGUUCAGAGUCCUCGGGGUUUCUUCAGGUGAAAGGCAUUAAAGCCUGGGAACACAAGCAGCAGUAGGAGCUGCUAUUCUGUCAUGAUGUCCUUGAUGUCAAAUACCUAGGCUGAAGUCUUCAGAGAGAUCGUAGCAAAUAACUUGAUUUUUUUUUUAAUCAGACUGAUGUAUUCAGUCAUCUUUUCUUUUAUAACUAGCUCUGUCAUUAUCAUUCUUUUACUCCUAAAACUGACUCACUAGUUAAAAAUAUUUGCUAACUUCAAAAUUUUGAAAUCCUCUUGCAUAUUGCGAUUGAUGAAUGUGAGCACAAAUUUGAGUUAGCGUUCAGGACAAAGCAAUGUGUGUACUCAGUCCUUUUCUGAUCAGGCCCAUUGUGUUGUAGCAAGUAGACACACGCAGCAUCAUUCAACUCUCAAGACUUGCUAAAGUAUAACCAUAUACUUUCAAAGACUAGUUUUGAAGGUUGCUUAAAACUUUCCUUUGCCUUUCAUUUUAAAUUAAUGGCGUGUUAAAGGGAAAUUGUCCUUGCAAGACGUUUUUUGUAGUUUUCUGGUUUGAUGUUACUCUAGAAAAUGUUUGUCCUUUCUUGUUUCUUAAUUUUUCUUCCACUCUCAUAUAUUCAAGAGGGAUCUUCCCAUGCCGUUUUGCUUCUUUUCAGGCAAACAAUAAGAUGUCUCUGCUUAGUGACAUCCAUGAAAUUGUUGCAAACGGUUCUGGGAAUAAGUUUUGUUAAUUCAUGCUCCUCUGGCUAGGUGACUGCUUCUAUAUCCCUUCCAAAAAAAAGAAAAAUAUCCUUCAGUGAUCUUCUACACAUCCAGUUGCUGUAAAUCUACAUGCAAAAAGCUCAUUCAAGUCUAUAGUAAAGACUUGGAGACCAUUUUUAGUGAACAUUGAGAGUUGGUUCCAUGUAAGUUUUCUGAUGUUUUUAUAGCACCACUGCAAUGAUUUUCCAUUCUUUGUGCAAAGUGAAUAAUGGUUCUAAAAAUGCACCUUCUUUUUAAGGAGAAAAAGGCAAUUCAAACAGAAUUAUCUUUGUGACAUAUAUUUUUGUAGCUUUUUUUUGCUAAAACAAAUUAUUGCUCCAAUGUUGUCAUUCUGAGACUAGAAGUAGCCUCCUUCCCAUUUUGCCAGCUCCUUUUCCGUUGUAAUAGUUAGCUCUACUGCUGGCAUAAUUUUCUGUUGUUCAGACUAUAGCUUUUGAUGCUGGCAAGCAUGACCAUCUAGUUGGGCCAUGAAUUCAAGACCUUCUUGAAAGCACAGAUACAUGUGGACAAGGAGAAGUGGACUACUACUACAUGAAACUUCCACUUUAAUGUGCAUUUAUGCCUUAAUUUUCUUCACAGAAUUACCACCAGAAUCUGCCACGUAUUGCCCAGAGGUUUGUGUUUUACUGUUUCGUGAUAAAGGGCUCACUGUUUUCCUCAGGAAUGAGAAAAUUGUUUUCUCAGCAUGUCCAAGUCCUACUAGUUGAAAGAGAGGGAUUUGAGUCAGUCAUCUCUUUGAUAGUGCUUGGCACUUUCUAAGACCCCAGUGUUUACCUGGGUAAAUCCCUUUAUAUUUAAGCCAUGUAGUUCUAGAAAAUAAGAGCAGUCCGUUGUCCAUUUAAAAUCUAGUUCUUUAAAAAGGAAAGCAAAUUCUAAUUUGUGAUCUGUAAAACUAUUCUAAAGUACAAAUUGCAGCGUGUCUCUUGUAAAACACUUCAAGAAAUUUCAGUUUUGGUGGAAUAAUUACAGAAGAAGGGGUGUUUUUUAUGGAAGUAGCUUGAUGAAUAUAAGCGCAGGAGUAGGAGCCAGGCUCCUCUAAUUGUUUAUCAGUUUUUCCACUGGAUCCUCUGUGGAUGUUGAUGAGUUGCUGGAGCCGUGUCGUCGUUACAAUGGCGGUAAUACCCACCUACCUCACAGGGAUGUUGUGAGGGUUAGCUCAUGCUUAUCAAAUGCAUUGAGGAUCUCAGAUGCUGUGUAAAUAUUAAAUAUUUUACUUGUAGUUUUGUGAGGUGUAAGAUUUACUGUAAUACAAACAGAUUUUCAUAAUUAUAAAGCCCCGUAGAGGCAGCAGUGGUGCAUUAUUCCCCACAUAAUGCUUGCUUUAAGUUGUAGCUAUUUCAAUUACAGCCAAUUGAAAUGGUGACUUCUUGAGUAAAACAAGAUUCCCUACCAGUGUGCCUCGGUUCCAGACAGUUGUUAGUUAUUCAGGCUUUGAUGCCUCUGCUGGUGAGAAGUGCCACUCAUGGUGGUAGGGUUGUUUGGUUGCAUUGACUUUCUUACUGGGUUCUGCAAGGAACAAAUGCCGUUCCUUUCUCCUAGAUCUGUUCCAGUCACCUGGUGUAACCAAAGCCUAAUGGUAACAAUUAAAAUUUGAAGUGCCAGCCCCAUCCCCCUGUGAAUUUGCUUUUACCAUGGGUCAACCAUGUGCUUUCUGCAGUAAGUGAGGUCAGUGCUUUUCCAGCACUAAUCAUGAAAUGUGAUUUGCUCUAGAGCCUUAAGCUCUCAACUGUCUUACAAAAGUGAUUUUUCAGUGUGAGAUUUCUUGGGACCCUAGCAACUGGGAAAUAAGAUAUUCCUCGCUUUUUCCUCCAGGGAUUAAAGUAGAUUCUGCUUUUCAUUUCUUCCCUUUCUCCCUCCUGCUUUUCCUGUCCUUUUAAGCCAUUCUUAGAAAAGAUUUGGAAGACCCUUCCAAAGUCAAGGGAAAGAUACUACCCAUGUAAUUUUCCAGUCUAUUACAGUGCAAUACUUGAAAUUGCUGAAUUCCUUUCUAGUACCAUUCCCCCACACAUUUCAAUCUCCCAUUAUACAGUUUAUAAUUAGGGAAAAAAUACUAUCCUCUUUUAUUUGUUCCCUUUGUACAGAACAAGGAACCUCCAUGCAGUGAACAUGCAGUUUUAAGGCAAUAAAUGCUAGUACUGCUGUUGGUCAAGUGUGUAAAUAUUUUAAAUGUAUAAUUCAGUACUAUGUUGAGUUUAUAUAUUAAAACUGCAGGGAUUGUAGUUGAUUUCAAGUAUUGUUUUACCUGUACAGAUUAACAUAUGAAGUUGCAUAAAAGUAUUUCACAAUUUGUUGCAAUAAGACUUGGGAAAUGGCUGUGUAAUCAAGCCCUAUCACAACUGAAUUUUCAAUUUGGAAGUGAACACUUUGUGUAUUUUUAAGAUCCCUAAGCAGGAGGAGGAUAAAAUGGUUUUCCACUAAAGGCUUUUAUUAUUUUGUUUUGGCCGUGUGUGAUUUGUGUGUAUUCUUGUUUAAUAUUUUUCUACGAUCUCACCUGUAGUAGCAUUUGUUCUACCUCCUAUGGUAGAAACACAAAUAAGAAUAUUACGAAACCUCAGGCUUCACCUUGUGCUCUUUAGCUGCUGUGAAGACACAGUAGUUCAGUUAAACUUACCAGAGUAACUUCUCAACACUUGAGACACGAGUUUGUCCAUCAACAGAAAAAGACAGGAUUAGGUGUGUGACAGGAGUAUCUCACGCUGUGCAGCAAGUACCAGAAGUGGCUGUGAAUAUAUAAUCAAACUAAUAUUUUGCCUCGUCCUCCAAAAAAAAAGUUUAAUGGUGACUUUUCGGGUCAUUCUUGGUGGUGUUUGUCUACCCAAAAGGAAUACUGAUUUCUUGGGGGGGGUAGCCUAAACAAUUUUGGAUGAUACUUGGCACAAAAAUAUUCUCCAAGCAUGUAAUCUAUUCCCUUUCCACUGAAAUCUAACAGUAUGUUACUGUGUGUUACUGUUACAAUAUGUCUCAGAAAAGCUCAUUUACAGGCAGCAGUUCUUGCUAUAUUACAGUUACGUUUGGAUAAACUACAGCUGUUUUCUGUUGUUCCCCUCUUACUUUCAUGGACUCCUAGCUAAAAAGAAAAAUAGCUUCACAAAUCCUGAAAGUAAAACUACUACAUAAUAGUAAAACUAUUAUGGUGGUGACACCUUGCUAUACAUCUUGACUGUGUGUAUCACUACAAUUUUACUGGUUUCAGAAGUAAAAUUGUUGUAGUUAUAUAUUGGCCUGGUUUAGUUCAGUGAACGUUUUGAUGAAGGACAGAAGCAUUUAAGAUAACUUUGAGGAAAUCUCUGAAAGCCGCUGGUAAGAUUUAACAGAAGCAUAUCCAAGAGCCUUUCAUAUAGAAAAAUGGAAGUAUUCUGCUUUACCUUAAAUAUGAGAUCUGGAAUAAACUGGAAUGAUUUGGGUACAAAGCCUUUACUCACACUUGUUUGUGUAAGUGUACACAAAACCCAUCAGUUUUGCCAUUACGAAACUUUUGCUUCAGCUGAGCAGUGAGUUAGAGGUGGGUUUUUUCCUUUCACUGUUUUGCCAUGUACUGUAAGCAGAAAGGCAAGAAAGCUCAGCCUUUCAUGUGGAGUUUGUCCAGCAGGUCAACCAAGGAGGAGAUCAUGCCCAAACUGGAAGAAGGGAGGAAGAGAAGAAAGUGAAAAGUUUGCAACCUCAUGUGGAGAGGAAAAAAGAAAUAAGCUAAUAUGUAGGAAGAAAUCCAUAAUAUAAGUGUUAUACUGUAGCUUUGUAACAUCUAUCACCCUAACAAAGAUUAGCAGAAGCCUGCCAUUUCAUCAACACAUUUUUGGGGGAAAAAGAGAAAGCGCUAUUUUGGAAUUGUAUGAAAUAUGAUACUAUUGGUGUGAGUUUUGUUAAAUAAUAAAGUCUUUAUUUUGGGAAACAAUUCCAGAUGAAUCUACAUCUCCACAAAGAAUACUGAAGUUACUCACUGACCCAUACACAACUCCUUGCUACUUUUUCUCCCAACUAUAUUGGAAUCUCAUGGAACAACUGUUUUGAUCGUAACGUUGCUUAAAUGUUACCAGAUUUGGUUCUUGUGUCACGCUGUUGCCUUUGCAAGUUAAAAGUGAGGCAGAGCUUUGUGUGCCAUGUGCUUCCCUUUUUCUUCCCCUCUGCGUCUGGCCAACUGUUCACGGUUGCAAAGGUGUGAAUGUUUGAUUUGCUUUAACUUAUUAUUUUGGAUGAUGCAGUCUGGGUUUGCAGCAUAUUCAAACCGCCUCUGGUCUCUGUGUUUUGGUGUUUAUGGAAUGAAAGUCCUCGCUAGACUCUAGCACAAGUCUCAAUUUCAGAGCCUCUUUCAUAACUUGGUUUAAUAAGUUGUCAGGACAUUUGCUUUAAUUUUAGAACUGCACAGAUCCUUCUAAUGGUCUUAUGUUCCUUCAAGUGAUGGCUGUAACUCAGAAAAAAAACCCAACAAACCCAAAGCCAAAACCCCACCAACAAACUGUAGAUGGAGUCUUUAGGAAGAUCACUGAUGUCCUCACACAAGAUCAACACUACUUUGGGGAAGGCUUACAUUCUUCUGCCACUUUAAGGAAAGACUGUUCUUCUGAAGUACUUUUUGCCUGCUUUUAGGCUGUUAUGCACUUUCAUGACUUCUUAACAAACUACUGUUAAAAAAUGUACUGUAACAUGGAUUUUGACAAGCGCACAUGUAUUUAAACAAUUCACUCAGCCUCAGGAAAGCUGGAAAAAAAUGGAUACGUGUUUUUUAUCUUGGUUAAAAUGUUUGUUACCUGCAUCCCUUAAGAUGGCCAGAUUAAUGUCCAGAUCUUGUGAGUGUAACUAUUUAAGAUACCAGUAUAGUCUGUAAAAGGAGGAUGGUACAGUUUUACUCUAGGGACUGAGCAAAUGGUGUCCUCUUAUUUUUCAUAGAGUUAUAUAUAGUCUGAUCAGAGUUUCAAACACAGAAAAACAGUGAUAAACCCCAUUUACUGUUCAGGUAAAGACAUGUUUUCUUUCUUAACACUAGCUUGUUUCUAUUUUCUUCCUUCUCCCUAAAAAGUGUGUGUGAAAUAAGUGCAGAGGUAUGUGUAGGGAAAAAAAACCUGUAAAAUCUGCUGCUGUACAUAAUGUUUGCUAC